CAUAUUACGUACCAUAUCAAGGUCCUUUUAAACGUCUUCCUCGAUCCUUAUAAGUCCAGAAAUAGUAAUCGAAGAGUCAAUAAAGUUGGAAAAAGAGAACCCCAGAAUCAAAUCAUGGCAAUUUUAGUGAAGUUGCAGACAGAAUACAUCCGUUUCAUGUCAUCUCUCUACCGUGAUGGAUUCUUGGAUAGUCAGUUUCUUGAGUUGCAGAAACUGCAAGAUGAUAGCAAUCGUGAUUUUGUGGUUGAAAUGGCGUCCCUUUACUUUAAGGAAGCUGAAAAACUUCUAAACAUCCUGACCAUGUCUCUGCAGCAGCAGGUUGUGGAUUUUAAACAACUUGAUAUCGAUAUCCAUCAGUUCAAGGGUAGCAGUUCCAGUAUAGGUGCACAAAGAGUGAAGGGUGCCCUUAUUGCUUUCAGAAAUGUUUGUAAAGAGAAGAACCUUGAUGGGUGUAUGCAAUGUCUGCAGCUUGCAAAGAGUGAACAUUUCCUUGUGAAGAAUAAACUUGAAACUUUGUUUAGGGUGGAGCAACAAAUCGUGGCUGCUGGUGGUGGAAUUCCUAUCAUAUCUUAGGUGUUAAUAACAUGAAACAGAGAGUUUCAAGAUUUUUCAUGAGCUGCUUUUGAUUGCUAGGUUUUCGAUUUUUGGAAGGUCUAAUGAAUUUCAUGUGAAUAACACAUUUUAAACUUCUUCAUUGCUUCAUUUUUUUUAUAUGUUUUUUUCGUGAUCUACUCUUAUGUUUGGACCUGUAAUUUCUUUGCUUUAUAAACUCAAAUGUUAAUCCCAAUUUGAUGUGGAGUGAGUGUUUUUUUGUUAUU